UUUUGAAAGUAGUGUGGGAUUUAUAAGCAAAGUAACGGAAAGUGUGAGAGCACUCUCACACAUCAGAUAUAUGCGGAGAGUUAAUCGGUUGGUUCUGCGACACCACCCCUCCAUGUGUGGAUUUUACGCGUCACAGGGCAGUGGAGCGGAUCUACCGACUCGCGGUGUCGGAGCAUCAAACAGUAAGCGAGUUCUCUAGUGAGAACACGGAUCUCUUUGCAUCAUGGACGCGCAACUGGGGAUGCUCUUGUUGCUUGUGAUUGCGAUGUGUCAGCCGUCGGUCGGAAAUAAACUCAUUGAGGAUCGGCGAACGGCGGUCAAUUACACCGCGCCGACGCAUAGCGCUAGAUACAAAUACGAGAUCAAAACGAUCAACAUGCGCGUAGAUCACUUUAGCUUCGCCGUACAGGAUACCUUCGAGUUGAGAUAUCUAAUGAACGAUACUUGGCGAAAAACAAACAAUGCUCCUAUAUUCUUUUAUACCGGAAAUGAAGGCAAUAUCGAACAUUUUGCCGAAAAUACCGGUUUCAUAUGGGAAAUUGCACCAGAAUUCGGCGCAUUAGUCAUUUUUGCCGAGCAUCGUUAUUACGGCGAAUCGUUGCCGUAUGGGAACAAAUCUUUCGCAGAUCCACGACACCUCGGAUAUCUGACGUCUCAGCAAGCUCUGGUUGAUUACGUGGAGCUUAUCGAGCAUUUGAGAUCAAAGCCCGAAUAUAAUCGCAGCCCGGUCAUAGUUUUUGGUGGCUCUUAUGGCGGUAUGCUCAGCGCCUGGAUGCGAAUCAAGUACCCUCACAUCGUUCAGGGUGCGAUUGCAGCCUCAGCGCCAAUCCUGCAAUUUACAGAUAUCGUGUCGUGCGAGGCAUUUGCUCGAAUAGCAACGUCAGACUUUCGCGCCUCGAAUCCAACGUGUCCGCAACUUAUCCACAGAGCGUGGAGCACGAUAACCGAAGUGACCUCAAACGAUGAGGGUAAAAAAUGGCUGUCGGAUAAUUGGAAGCUGUGCGAGCCGUUAAAAACUGUAGAGAAUAUCAAUACGCUGAAAGACUUUCUGCAAGACAUUUACAUAGAUCUGGCUAUGGUCAAUUAUCCCUAUGAGACUGACUUCUUAGCGCCACUGCCAGGCAAUCCGAUUAACGCAUUUUGUCGGCAUUUGACGAACUCUUCGUUGACGGGAAAGCCACUGUUGUUGGCGCUUUAUCGAGCUAUUAGUGUUUACACGAAUUAUACUAAUAAAGCGACUUGCAUAUCCACAAAAAACGCGGAGCCAAAUUUGGACGCGGAUCAGGGAUGGAGUUAUCAAGCGUGCACGGAAAUGGUGAUGCCAAUGUGUACCGACGGUGUGAACGAUAUGUUCGAGCCGGCUGAAUGGAACUUCAAAAACUACAAUGACACCUGUUUUAAAAAAUAUUCCGUAUCACCGCAGCCUUAUUUGGUGUGUCAUCAGUAUGGAUGCGCAAAUCUCUCCACUGCAACCAACAUUAACUUCAGUAAUGGAUUAUUGGAUCCAUGGGCGAGCGGAGGUGUGCUAAGCAACCUGUCCUCGUCGGCAAUUGCCAUAUUGAUUCCGGACGCUGCGCAUCAUCUUGACUUACGAGAAAGUAACAGCAACGAUCCGUACAGCGUUGUUCAGACGCGCAGGUUUCAUCGAUAUUCCAUCACAAAGUGGAUCCAGGAGUAUCAGACUUAAGAUUUCUAAAGUUUGAUGUGACGAGUGAAAAAAGGUCACGGAAUGAUCGAAGUGUAACUUGCUCUGUUAUGUGUUGAAAAAAAGUUUUCUUUAUUUGUUAAAAUUAUAAAUACAAAAACAAGAUAGACACACACCGCAACACAACAAUAAAUAUUCAGAACUGACUACUAUCAGCGUGCGCCUAAAUGAAGUCUCUUCAAAAACUCAAUCGAAAACGUGUGUCAAAAGCUUAUCGAUAUAUCACAGAUAAAUAAUAAAUAAAUGCGUAUUACUUUUUGCCUUCGAGCUUUAAAAGACUAUAAGAAAACAAUACUCCUGAACAAAAACGCAAAAACUUAAAAUGAAUCUCAUAUUUGCGUUGUUUUCAACUACUUGUCACAAAUCUCGUAUCACUAAAGCACAUAAAAAAAAAAAAAAAAAUGGCUUCAGUAAGUAUAAAUUUAUAAUGCCAUCGAGAUUAUUGUACGAUAUAAUAUGUGACAUUAAUUACAAAUGCGUUAUUA